AUGGCAUCGGCCCGCGAAGAACGCAUUCAACAGCGCCUCCGUGGGGCCCAGAGGCGUCAGGUCAAAGAUGUCGACUUCGGGCUCACUUUUCCAGUUAUGCCAGCUGUGCCAGCCGUGCCAGCCGUGCCAGCUCCAGCGCAACAAACUACACCAUCUCAGCCGAGUCCUCAACCAGAAUUAGCCCCUGGAUUAUCCACCCAAGCAAGCUCUACUGGCCGCUCCUCCAUUGCGAGAGUCACGGAGGAAAACGGUGUGCCAAUCAUACGGAAUAGCGCCAAUGAUGCGAACACAUCUGCCAAGAGGAGGAAACUUGAUACCGAUCAAGCCGCCUCAUCUUCGACGCGAAGUACCAGAUCUUCCUUGCGCGCAUCGAGACCCGAUAUCUACGAUCUACCCGAAGAUGAUGCGAGAGAAUCGCCUGCUGCAAAUAUCAUGAAUCGCCCAGUUGGACAGGACGCAGAUGUUGGACAAGAUGAACCAAAGACAAUUCCUGAAUAUGAAUCCAGGCCUGGUGUUUCCCAAACGCCGCCGUCGCGGCCUGCUCCUGUAAUAGAAGAGGUUACGGAGAGUCCUAAGGAUGCGCCUGGAAGUGGCCAUAGGACGCGUUUAUAUCUCCACGAAGCGACUCUACAAAGCUCACAGUUACUUCAUCAAUUGCAGGAUAUCAACACUACAGAUGCCGAGAGUAUAGAUACCUCGCCAGUACUUCGAAGGAAGCGGAAGAGAGGAGAGACUACCCCAAAACGACUAGUUUCAUCUGACGAACGACCACGGCACAGUAAAGGUGGCCAGCCAGAUAUUGAGGAGCUUGAUGAACUCUCCCCUGAACAAUUGCGUGGUCGAAGCAGAGAGCCGAAGCAAUUGGUGAGAGAGAAGGUCUCUAACGUAGAAGUAGAAGAAGAAGAAGUCGCCAAGGAUUCAACAGAGGAAGCUGAAGAGAUCAGUGAUCAUGAAGCGGCAGCUGCUCUAAAUGAGAAUCGAGGACGGAGAAUUUCGAGAAAUCGUGCAGUUGAGUCUCCUGACUUGGACGAGUCAAGUAUACGAACACCAACCGUCCCGCAAAAGGGACGGGGGAAAGCACGCCGGAUCUCCGAGCCCGCUCAGCAGCGUCAACCGAGAAAAGCCCUACAGCCGAAAGCCAAGGCCAACUCAAAGACUUCCAAGAAGGCGUCCAAGAGUUCUAAACUUCGCAUUGGAAGUCCAAUACCCAUCACAGUUCACCGUUUUACCCGGAGACCACUCUACGAUGACGAGGAGUCAGAUGCUGACAUCCUUAAUUCCGAAAUCCCUUACAUCAAAAGAGGAGGAGUGAACCCCAUCGAUGUUCUCAGCCAAGUCUGUCAUGAAAUCAUCGAUUCUGGCCUUAGUACCCUCGAAGAAGGCAGUAAUAAAUCUAAUGAUUCUGCCUUAAGACGAGAGUACAAGACGAAAUGGCGUGCUGUUGAGGCUUUUGGGAAAGAGUUGCAAGAUCGAUUACUUGAGCACACUAUAAACCUGGAAAAUACAUUUUCUCUCGAAAGACGGGUCCGAGAAGAAUUGAAGAAGAAGCUCACCCUUCGAGAAGACAUCCGGCGUAUACGAGCUGAAAGGGAGCAAAUCGCUCUGCGCAUGGAUGAAAUCCGAAUCAAGCACGAAAAGGAGACAAAAGACGCUCAGGAACGCGACAGCCUCAAUAACACGAUCCAUGACAUCGAGUUAGCAAUCGAGCGCGGGAAAGAACAGCAUCCACAUGACUCCACAGACAGUGCAGUUGAGAUGACUGGCAUGGAACUCCUCCUGAAGCGUGUGGCAGGAGAGGUGAGCAACAAGAGCGACUCUGGUGGCAUGCUGAAGCAGAUCAAGGACUUUAAUGCAUUCCUAGAGCGAGCAGCUUUGGCGCUGGAGACUAGGAAGAGUUAA